AUGCCCCACCAAAUUUCCCGGGAAGUUCAACCACGCCCUUCCCAAUUAAUCUUUACAGCGAAAAAAUCAGCUAAAAUUAUUUUUCCCUCUCCUUUCUCUAGAACCAAACGCACAUUUCAACGGAGUUCAAUCAAUUCAUUUUCUCUAGCUCUUUCCCACCGUUUCUCGCCAACCAAACGAAGCGUCGCCAAACUCAUUCCUCUCAUCCUUCCAUUUUCUUCUAGUACAACUAAGAACCUUUCUUACAUCACAAACAAGGUGUUAAAGUUGACUCUAGAGCAUACUAUGCUCCUCAAGACAUAUAACAGAAUCCCCCAGAGAACUGACAACUAUACAGGUUUAAAGAGCAAGGGAUGAAGAUGAAGUUUAGGUUCAAUCCUGUCUCAUCUUAUCUCAUCUUAUCUUGGAUUUGUUUGGUUGAUUUGCUCGAUAUUCUGUUGAAAAUCUUGUCAGAAAACAUAUAUUUUUGGAUUUAGUGACAUUUUGGAUGACUUUAAGAAUAAGAUUAUAUUACACUGUUUAAGAUUUAUUGCAGAAUCACAUAGAGCAGUGCAAACUAUGAAGUCAUUGUCUGAUCUUAAUAAAGUUACAGGUUUGUCUGAUUUUCAUGCCA